GGCCUCUGUAGAUUACUUUUUCUAUUCACACAGUGACAGUGAGGAGAUGCGUUGCCAAAAGGAGCCAGAAGAGGACUUACGUGAGGCUUCAGAUCCCUACAGCCAUUGGAUUUGUUGGAAAACACUACAAUAUUUUGGAAUCGGGGUGGAUGACUAUUACAGCUUCAAACCCAAGCAGAAUCUUGAAGCAGAGCUAAAAGUUCAUCUUUUCCAAAAUGUUCAGCCCCUUCCACCUCAGAACCUCUCAGUCAGAGAAAGUUCAGGAGCCUUCUUGCUCACCUGGACAGCACCUGAUGGAAGCCAAGGGCUGGGCAAUGCACUGGAGUAUGAAGUUGCUUACAAGCGGGACUGGGAGUCCUGGGAGGCUGCUUCACGCCUACUCUCCACCACCACUCAUUGCCAUCUCAGCCACCUCAUCCCAGGGAGCAGAUACAUUGCCCGUGUGCGAGCCAGACCGGAGCAGGACAGAGGUUUCUCUGGGCAAUACAGUGAGUGGAGCACAGAUGUGUCCUGGGAGACCGCCGAAGGUGGCAUUCAUCCCAGGAACCUUCGUUGCCUCUUCAACGGUGCGUAUCUGAAGUGCAGCUGGGAAGUGAAGAAAGUGAUUGCCAGCUCUGUCAUCUUUGGCUUGUUCUUCAAGGCCACUCCAGCAUCAGCGGAAGAGGAGUGCUCCCCAGUGUAUGAGAAGGCUUUGCCCCAUGUCCCAUAUGUGGUGCAGAGCUGUGGAAUCCCUGUUAGCAAUAUCAGCAGUCAGAGCCAGUACCAAGUGUCUGUGCGGACCAAGACGGAGGAGAAACAGAUAAAAACCUACAAGAACAUCAAGGUGCUGCCACCGGCAAAUGUGUCAGUGGAACUGACGAAAAACCAAGAGUAUGAACUGAGGUGGAAAAAACACACUUUACGGUAUGGUUUCAUAAAACAGCAGUACCAAGUCCAGUUCUGGAAGCACAACCAAUAUGAAAAGACCGUGAAGACAAUAAACAUUACCAAUGAUGAACCUCCCUUCAUCUUCACUGAUCAGAUGUUGUCAGCGUCUACAAAAUACAGGGGAAGAAUGCGUGCAAUGGUGAAUAAUCAGGAUUAUCAGGGAUACUGGAGUGAAUGGAGUGAGGAGUUCAUCUGGGAAACUGAGAAUGUUCUUUCACCAGUGGUUCUCCCAUUGAUGCUCCCAGUUCUCAUCAUCACUUUGCUCGUUGUUGCUUAUUGCAGCUUUAAGUAUUUACUCAGGUAAGUUUGUGCUGUGAGGAGGCGAUUUAGCUGUGUG